UGUACGUUGGUGUUGGUAGAUGUCAAAAGCGAGAAGUUGGCCGGAGCAGCAAUUUCAUUGCUGGUGCUCGCGAAAUUUUCCAUCCAAAAACAUGGAAAUCGCAACCUCGGGGUGGAAAACAGUUUCCAUCAAGUGCGCGGAACCAACGAAGCAUUAAAAGAACGCAUGUGUGUAUGUUUACUCGCUGGACGAGCGGUGGGAGGUAGAGUAGAGUGGUGAGCAACGAUCGAGACACCCGUUUUUUGUUUGUCGUUGUUGGACGUCCGAGUUUGUGCGUACCGGUGCGUGCGUGUGUGUGUGUUUGUUUGGUGAGCAGCGAUGGAAUCGGAAACGGACGACAACUGCUACGAGCGGAAGGACAUCCCGGUGGACAGCUUUGGCGGGGAUUUCUACCACAGCCGAGACGUCACCACCCGCCAGCUGAACCGGAAUCUCCUGACGCACGGUGGCUCCGAUCUGUCACCGGCGGCGGCGGCAGCGGCCCUUGGACGCCCGAUUUCACUGCCCGCGAAGCUGCCCAAUCCCGACGGCGGUGCAGCGGGCAACGGACGCGAUCAGCUCGACGGUGGGGCGAACGGGGUCGACUGCUCGACGCUGAUCCGACGGUACGCCGAGGUGACCAAGUUCAAGCAGGAAACCACAUCCGGCAGCGGGAACAGCGGAAAUCGGCUUUCGAAAGGACCUCCAGAAUCCUCGCUAGCAUUGGCAAAGAAACGGCUCAGCGCUUUGCACACGAGCGUACAGCAGCAUGAGGUGGAAACGAUGGACGACGAUAUGAUGCCGCUGCUGUCGAGCAAUCGCGAACUCUCGCAGGAGGAGCUGUACGAGUCCCACACAUCGCUGGUAUCGAGCUCGGAGGGUGGCAUUAUGGCGGAGGGCGAGGAAACUUCCAGCGACGAGUCGCAGGAAUCGAACAGUUCGGCCAAUCACACGGCGAUCGUCAUGAGCCUGCUGGAGCGGUUGCUUCGCUCGCACCCCGUCUGGUUCCUGCCGGGCAUUCAACGGUCCGGCGCAAUCCAUCUGCUCCAGGGGAAGGAGGAAGGGACCUUCAUCGUGCGCGGUUCUAGUCAGUCGAAAACGAUGGCCGUUUCGGUGCGUUUGCCGGCGAACGCAGGACCGUACAUCGAACACUAUCUGAUCCAGUCGAACAAUGGGCAGCUGAGCCUGGAAAGCUCCCGCUUCAAGUUCGACUCCAUACCCGCCCUGAUUGCGCACUACACGCAGUGCUGUGACGAGCUGCCCGUACAGCUCUGCCUUCCGGUUGCGCUGCGGGAGGCGAAAAACCGCCAGCAGCUGUCGUCGCUGGCCCUGCUGGGUCAGGAGUUUUGGCGCUACCCGAUGGCCAGCUCCCCGAAACCGAAAUCAAUCACCGGGCCGGCCCCACCCGGCACAACACCGUCCGCCACCUCUAGUCACAUGAACACCCCGUCCGAGGCGACACACUCGAGCGGGCUCGGCAUAUCCGUACUUAAUCACACCCCGGUCGGACAUGCGGCGUCGGUCGGCACCGGUGGCACCUCGCUCGGCACCGGCGGCAUGGUGAAUGCGUUCGGCGAAACGCCCACCGACACAUUCUCGACGCUGAGCAGCUUCACGGUGAGCAACGGCCAGACGCUGCUCAGCCCGGAAUCGAUCGACAGUGCCAUCAUGAUGUCGCCGAUGGACCCGCACCAGCACCAGACCGGCAUCAUCGGGAAGACGAGCACGUUCAAGGCACGCAAGCAGCAAAUCGUUUCGCCCACGGCGGCACAGCACGAGGUGGAAAAGCAGAUCGAGCUGUUCAACGCUAACAUACUGGGGCACAGUAGCGGUGCCGGUCAGUCGAACGGUGAAGCCACGGGCGGUGAGAUGACCAGCUCAACCUCCUCAUCCAUGGAGAGCCGGCCGGAUGAUGCGCUCAACGCUACCGGCACGCUGGAAAGGAAACCGCGGGCACCAAGGCCCACGCCACCGAACACGCUCAACAUUAAGCCGAUCAGGAGUCCACCGGCACCACCAGCGAGACGUAUUAAGCUGCAAAUAGCAGAGCACAGUCCGACGGUCGAGAGAACUACCUUUACGUUCCAAAAAGAUACCGACUUUACACCGACGACGGGAUUCCCUACCAGAGACACAGCAUUCCAGCGCAGAGAGCCAGCAGUGUUGCCGGCCAGCAUUUCCACCAUUGCGGGUUCGCAGGUUAGCAACACUGUGUGGUAUUGUGACAGCGACCAUGUAGCCGACAAUGGUGUGGAAAAGCAGGCCACGACACAGUCCAACGAUCAACAGCAGGAGCACGACCAUCCUAGCUUCAGCGUACCGACGAGCACUCGCGUCAGCCGCCGCAACAAACGAAAAGAGUCAAAGCAUUAUCAGGAAUCGGACAUUUUGGAAUCACCUUCCGUUUACUGCAGAAGUACGCUGGUGGAUAAAAUAAGUGACUAUGAGGACAUUUGGUCGCAGGACGCUACCAAAAGCGAUCGCCGGUCACUUCUGGGCCAGCGCCAUGGGAUAUUUGGGCACGAGGAUUUAACUCUCAAAGGACUCGUUUCUCCAUCAAUAGAGUCGAUGAGUUACAGACAGGGCAAGCUCACCUCUUACCGUGGCCCGGCCGCACACGGUGCGCACACGUACUCCGUGGACAAUCUUGCCGUGGGCAUGGGCGGACUCGAUUCGGCAAGCGAUCGGGCCAGCACCCCGACCGAUCGGCCCGCCCGUCCACCGGUUGCGCUGAAAACGUUUUCCCCAAUACCGAAGGAUGACGGCCGGUUCGGUCGGUCGGUGCUGACCGAUGUGCGGCAACGUUCGUGCAUGAACAUUUCUCACACCACGCCCGUGGGCACACCGGUAACGCUGGAGGAUGCGUUGGGUGGUAUGGCCCAGGAGCAAAAGCAAACCAGCCCGUUCUAUGCCGAUCCAGCCGACAUUCUGAGCACCAUCAUCCGGCGCAGUCCGCUGAAUCGUUUGGCUUCGUCCAACAGUAGCCAGCGCCACUCGGAACCACCAAAGCAGCUGUUUGGCAAUGACGAUGCGCUACCGUCGGCGGGUCAUCCUUGGGGUAACGGGAACGGAUACAAUGUGAAUAACAACUUUGCCGCCUCUCUGGACGAGCUGGCGCUGGAGAAGAACGACUCAAUGCUGUCGGGCGUGCGCAUGCAUGCGCUGAGCAUCGCGGGCGGUAGUAGCGGACAAGGGACGAACGAUUACGAUUCCGACAUCCGGUGGAAAACACCCACCGCAUCGCUGAAAACCAUUGAGCCGGCCGCGAAAUCGCUGCAAAAAAGUACCGACAGUCUUAUGGGCAUGGGCCGACCGGUCACGAUACACCAGAUAAUCGCCAAGAAGCUUCCUGCCUUGAAGCUAUCGGAAAGAUUGCUGGAAGGUUUGCUGGCGAACGAUAGCGGCAUCGGUGCGAAUGGUGAGUCAGGGUUCGGCACACUAGGACACAGAGGGCAACGGAAGUCGGCGUACGAUAAUGUCGAGAAGCAGGCUAAUGCCUAUGCGUCAUCUGCAAUCAAUAGUGCGCACUCGGACGAUGGGACCGUCUUUUCGGAACCGUGGGACAGCUCCCAGUGGGACUCUUUCCUUCCCAACGAACGUAAGUGGUGUUUGGUUUCGGUGCGUGGCAGUGCGAUCCUAGCUGUAACUGUUACUGUGUUCGCAGAAUCUUCGAUGGAAGCACCGGGCAAUAGUAGCUACGACCACUGCGGCUCGACGGCCAAAGACACUCGCUACCGAAAGGACGGGCAGCAGCACCAGUUACCACAGUCGCAGCAAAAAGUAGCUACAAUAUUGCGAUCGCGUAGCUGCCGAGAUCGGGAAAUUUUAUGUCAUCCACGCAACAGAUCGUCCCACAGUGGUCCGGGCGAAUCGAUUGCCACGUACGCCUUCUACCUAGCGAACAAGCCGGACUCAACGUUCUCGCGCAACAUAAGCAACUUUAUCGCCUGCACCAAGGAAUCGAAAGCGGCCCCCCAUCCGCAGGUGGUGAUGCGCAACAUGCGCCAGUUCAUGUCCGGCAUGAAGAACUACCUGGUGAAGCACGGCGAGGGCGACUUCGCGAGCGAGGUGCAGAAAGCGCGGGCUCAGCUAAAGCCGGACGAGUUCCUUAACCUGGACUCGAUACUGGAGGAGGUGAUGCACCGGCUGGUGAUACUGCCGCUGCGCGAGCAUCUGUACAGUUUGUUCGUGGAUUACUACAGCCAGUCGGGCGAUAUACAGCUGAUUGUGGAGAAGGUGCGCUCUACGGCGGGCCGCGGUCCGCUUGCUUUCGGGAUCAAGGGCAAUGUGAUACCGCCGAGUCCGACAGCGAUGCGACAAAUUGCCACGCUCUUUGUGCGUCUGCAGGAGGCGGAGCUGCCCCUGGCCAAGCUGGACCUGCUGCUUGCCGCAGUGUCGACCAUCUUCGAAGCGACGACGUGCUGCAACGGGCAGCAGCUGAGCGCGGACGACUUUCUGCCGGUGCUGGUGAUGGUCGUGGCACACUGUGGCUUCAUCGGUGCUGAAAUUGAGGCCGAGUACAUGUGGGGCCUGCUGCAGCCGUCGCUGCUGAGCGGCGAGGCUGGCUACUACUUAACGGCCCUGUGCAGUGCGGUCCACGUGCUUAAGAACUUUAGCCUCAGCGAGCAGGAAGGAACAUCGACAUUAGAUUGGGAUUCCUCUACGAUGCCAAACUGCUCCUCGGUGCUACGCGUGAUCAUUCCGGAUGAGUACAACGGUUCCAUCCAGACGCGCACGCUACCAAUCAGACCGCAUACCACGACGAAGGAAGUCUGUCGGAUAAUUGCUCACAAGGCGAGAAUAACGAAUGCCCAAGAUUAUGGACUAUUUAAGCUGAUCGACGGUGAAGAAACUCUUCUACAUGACACCGAAUGUCCGCAGGAUGUACGGAUGACGGCGAAAGGGAAACACUUUAUGAUAGCAUACAAACGGAUCGACGCCAAGAUAGCGUGGCCUACCGUGAUGCCAAAUAAUGCUGCUAGCAACAACAACACUAUGACCGCUAGCGCUACUAAUAACGCUGCUAACAAUGCUAUCAAUACUACCACUACCACUACUACUACUACUACUACUAUUACUGCGAGUGAUAAUCAUCUAAAAGUAUAAGCAAACAAUGAAUUAAGCUUCCAUCGUUAAACAAUUAAGUCUGAUAUACUCUUUGGUCGUAAGGUUGUACUAUUUUUGCCGUGGUGUAACAAGCCCCACUUGUCCCCUCUUUUAAUCGCUCACCUCAUUUCUGUUCAAGUAGCUCCCGCGGGGUGCGAUGUACGGGCGCUGCUAGACAGCAGUUGUAAUUGUAUUAACGCAAAUAGUAUACACCAUAUAAUCAUAUACAAACCAUCAUAUAUAUAUAUACAAGCGUUAUAUAAAGGCAGUGACGGCCACAGCGUGGUGUAGCGCGUGGCCGUCAACGCUUCUUGCCCUAGGAAAACCUCACUAUCGAUUCUCGUACACAAAUGCAAUGCAAUUCUACUCUGGAUGAGUUUAGAUUUUAAUUCACCAAUUAACGCAUAUAAUCCCCCUUGUAUCUGUAGCAUUUUCUUCUUAUCGAAGGCGGAAGAAGUGAAGACCAUUUUAACCCACUAAUGGCUAGAACAAAGAGAAACCGUGAGCGGGCUAAGAGUGGACGCACUCCGCGGACACUAGGGCUUGGUAAGCUGAAGCAUACUUUCCUGAGCUGUAGAUUGUUGUUUUAGAGGACCGAAAAGAGCGUAGUAGUGUAGUAGUAGUAGAAGCGAAAGAUCCGUGAAGUUAGGACGUAUAAUGCCAUUCUCUGUGAUGAAGUGCGUAAAACAGAAGCAUGCCUCGUGCUCACCAUCGAACCCCCCGCCCGUGUCCCGGUUUGCAACCAAAACCUCCGCCUCUCACGAUCGUGUCUGUGUAAGAACAGUUGUUUUAAGCGUUUUUUUUUUUUUAAUAUGAUUUGUUAAAAAUGUUUUUUACAAGCAAAAAAAGAAAGGGUCACCAACGAUGGAGCGUAUGGAGCUUUUAAUUGUACCAUUUAUAUCUCUCUUACUCUCGUGUGCACUGCGUGUCGUUAACUCCUCCAUACUGUACUCCAUUUCCGGCCCGUCAUCAAAUGACAACGUAUGUUUGGCCCGUCAGAGUUUGUAGAACAGGUUUGUCCUUAGUUUCAGUCAACAAAAUUGAUAAACAGUCCAAAAUGUGAGCACAUCGAAUGGCGGACAGUGGUCUCGCCACCAGGAGCUUCCAUCUGAAAAAGGACUAGUCAGGUCAAAGGUCACAGGUAGUUUUGUUGUUGUUGUCGUCCCUCCCGUUGCGUUGUGCAUCGGUGUUUGUGUUUGCAGUUAAUGCAUCUGAGAAGGCACGCUUUUCGUGAUAUCGUUUUACGAGACAAUAGAAAUCUAACUUAUCUUUCAUGCCCCUUUUACCCCAUCUAUAUCUGCCUUUCUUUUUCUCGCGCUUGUGCCGUUUGGCCCAUUUGGCCCAUGCGGGCUGGGCUCCGCUGGGCUGUGCUGGGUUGAAUUGCUUUCGCGUUCGCAAACGACAAUGAAUUAAGAGUGAAAACAUGUUUAUCUACUUUAGACGUUUCUUGCUACUACUGCAUCUAAUGUUACUACUGUAAAGCAAUUAAGUAAUUACUAAUCUCAUUAUUCUUGUUCCCACUGGGAUGGUGGGGUGGUUGGAUGCUAGGGGAUGAGUUUCUUCCCCUCAAUCCUCCCCCUGCUUGGGUGCCCGGGACUUUGUAUCGAGUUUUUGAGUGUGUGUGUGUGUGUGCGUGUGACAGUUUUUUCUUCUUGCGUGUGUUUGAAUGUGUGUGCGUGUGAUUGUUUGUGUGUGUUUGUUCACCUUUUUAAUGAAAACACACACACUUACCCCCUUAAACCAACCAAUCAACUAUAUGUAUAUUUAACAUAAACUACAACAAACAAAAAACUCUUUUUUCUUCCUCAACUAUUUGCCAAAACAAGAAAACCCCUCUUUAUCUAAGAAAACAAAAAACUAAUAACUUUACCUUAAUUGCUCAUAAUGCUCGUGAUUCGAUGAAAAGUGUGAAAAGUGCAGAAAAGAAAGGAACAAAAAAUGGAAAACUGGUUAUAGAGAAUACAAAGUGCAAAGCAAUGAAAGCGAAAUAGUAAAACAACACCACACAAACCAGGCACUGUCGAAACGAAUUGCUCACCAAAAACAAACAAAAAAAGAGAAUAACAAAAAAGGAAAAGGAAAGAGAAACACAAUAGACAUGUUCUUAACAUACAUAAUGCAUUUACAAAGCGCGUGAAACAAAGCAAGCCAUCAAACAUGCAGUAGUAGUUGCAGAGUGGAAAUGGAUUUCGAAACAAGAGAUACAAACGUAGUAGGCCAGGGGGGUAGUUAGAAAGGUAGGAAAGCAGUUGUGGUUGUGUUUGUUGGGUGGGAGGGGGGGGGGGAGGCUCAGGAAUAUGAAUGAUAACUCUUAUACUCUAUUUUUGAUAUCUAUCUAUCUUUUCCUCCCAAAAACGAUUCGUCGAUCGUCCCCCAAUCCCAAUAGUAGCGAGAGUGCAAUGGGCAAAAGAGAAAACAGAGAACAGAGCAGAAGAAAACAAGAAAUCACAAGCGCACUUUAACAAAGCAACCAGUAAACAGUAUUAAAUGCAGUGAAUUAAUAUCAACAGAUAGCAACAGAUGCCACCUCCUCCACUCGCCCAACACACUUCUGCUCCCCUUGCUGAUCGUAGCACCACACACAAUAGAAACUGUAGAAGCUGUGUGUGAUGUAGUGCGUGAGUGCAGAUGCGUAGAUGCAAUGAAGUCCUACUAACCAUUUCUGCAAUCAUUCGAUUAGAUUCGUAGGCAAAAAGACACACAAAAAAAAAGAUAGAAACUGCUGCCACACUAACUAACAAUGCAAAAAAAAAACUAACUGAACGUAAAGGAAAGCGCAUUAAUUGUGAAAGUGGAAAA